CAGGUCACCAAAGUAAGAGAACUGUUUCCCUUCUCAUACAUCUCGAGUGUAAAGACCAACCAAGCCACACAAGUAACUCACAUUCAUGACCUGAUACCAUCAUCUUUACUCGACAUUAUCUGAAUCCAGAUAGGUGAAGCAAGGUACCAAUCCUCAGCAACUACAGCAUCCACUUUACCAAGUAGCCCAACUUCCAGGCCCAGUCCAUCGGCCAUUGCGUCUCCAGCGCUCUCUCUCCACCAGCCCGCUGGCCCCUCUACCGUGCCUCUAAGGUCCCGCUGCCCGCCUUAAGCAUUGAGCGCUGUAUCCUGCCUUCACCAAGUUUCCCCCCCUCCUUCGCUCCUGCGCAGUAAAGUGCCACCCACCUGCCUGCCGCCUGCCACCCACCGCCGCCGCCGCCGUCGCGCCCAAAUCCUCCCGCCGUCCUUCUUUUCCCAUUCCCCCCCAUCUCUAAGGUAUUACCCGUCGCCCAUUUUGCCAACCCGCGCCCGCUUCUCCCCCGAUUCAUCCUUCAUCCACCAUCCAUCCAUCCAUCCACACACCCCCAUCCAACCCGCUCUCCUCCGACCCUUUUUCUCUCUUCCUCCUUCCUUCCCCCCAGUCUGCUUUUCUGUUCUGGUCUUGCUUCGUCCUUUCUCUAGACUGGACGUCUUUUCAACAAGGGGGGCUUCUUUCGACGACUUCCUCUUCCUUUGAUCUCGCCGACCCCCCCCUCCACCGGUACCUUGAUUGUUUCUCGGUACUCGACAUCGCAGACGCUCUGCGAAACAGAACAGAAACAGAUCCUCGAGUCGCCUACCUUAGUCGGACGAGCCCUCUUACCGCCUCAAGACUCCUGCUCCGCCAAAAGGUCGCCAUCGCCGCCUCCUUCGACAUCACCCAGCCGUCUCUGUCAGGCCUAACGCGUCUCGUUGUGAGCCUACUUCCCUUCGACCCGAUCCGACCUACCUUCGACGUCUUCGCACUCGACACCUCGUUGCUAUCUCCGACGAAUACUUCCUGCGACCGCGGCACUCAUACACCGUUGCCCCCUCAUCGCGUCGAUCCUCCCGCCUCUCUACCCGAAUACUCUGUAUCUAGUAGAUCCAUCGCCUGUCGACAGGCCCUUCCGCCUCUUUGUUGGACGACUUAGGUGAGUUCAUUCUGUCUUGCCUUCCGCCUCUGCAAUUCUCCAUCUUCCCUGUCUUUCCCCUACAACCCAUGUCGCUUUUCACUUGAUUCGUCCUGGCAACGAGAGGCGCACCUGUGACGUCGUUCGUGCCUGCGCGAUGCUCAAGGCUGCCAUCAGCUCUACAUCCAAGGUUGUUGCCAUCACGAUCAUGACGUUGGGCUGUGAUCUCAGCGCGCUUGCCUGGGUCGGUGUUUUCCUACUGGUGGCUUCCGGCUGUUCGUCUGCCAUCGGGCUGCCCUUCCCAUGCCUUGACUUGCAUGUGCAAACACUCAGCCUUGCUUGCCCAAUCUCCGCUGCCCAUAUGCACUCCCCUUCUCCUUCCCCACGAGUACGGCCCUUACCUCACGUCACUGCCCUCGCACAAGGUCUUGAGUCAGCCUGAGGUUCGAAAAAAACCGGCCUUGUGCGGCGCUCGUUUUGUCGGUUGGCAGUCUUGGGCGCCAAUGUCAUCACACGGCAACCGUUGCUGCCCCAAUACUACUUUCGUCUCCUAUACACCCAAACCACAGAAUGCAACUCGAACAUGAUGCUAACUCGUCGUUCCUGCAGUUGCCUGUUCCAACCAUCCUAAUUGUAAUUCAGUCUUGCUGGAAUAAUACGAUGCUAUGGCAGCUGUAAUCGGUGACUACGUCUCUGAUCCCUCCCGUUUCCAUAACAUGAUUGCCAACCCGGGCAUUCAACACCAACACUCGCACGAUUCUCACUACCGAUCCUCGAGUCGGUCAAGAGACGUCCCUGCACACCACGCGCCUGCGAGCCCGAGAUACCAACAUUCUACGAGCACCCCGUCCACGCGUCAAAAGCGCCCCGAACAGGACUCGGUCGAGAAGCCCGCGCCCCCUAGCGCAGGUGCAUCUCGCUUCCCCUCGCCUCCAUCAUCUUCAUCGCCAACAGGUGCCAGGCCCCAGCAUGCCGAUAGCCCCGCAUACAUGGCAACCGAUUCUCGCGACGCCGGCCAUGCUGGUUCCGUAGCCGCCUCUGAACAGGCUCAUGCCGCCCCUAGUCAAGAGCCGCAACAACAGCAACCUUCGCCCGCGUCUGAUGGAAAUGGUGUUGCCGGCGCCACAAACUCAUACCCCCUCUCCGAUACCUCAUCUCCCGUACAGCAACCUCAAGGCCAGACAAUUCACAUUCGCGACUUGGCCCAUAUCCAGAGUCUCGCUAAGGCCGACCUAUUAUCGGGCAAUGGGCCGGGGAUACUGAACGAUCCGCCGCUGCAGGCGAUGAAGUACGAGAUCAGUGCGAUGCCCAUUGGCGACAUUAUUGAAAUGGUCGCUGCCCUUCUCACCAAGAUCACCACCACCAACGAUCUGCAGCAUGAUGCCAUGCAGCGCAACGUUGCGCAUCAGCAGCAGGCGAGCCAGAACAACGAGUCAGGCAACGGCUCGCAAAUGAGCCCGUUGAGCACGUCUGUGCUUGCUUUUCACGGCAAGAACAUCCCUGCUAUCACAAUUCUGAGCUACCUGUCCCGCAUUCACAAAUACUGCCCGACCACCUAUGAGGUCUUUCUGAGUUUGCUAGUCUACUUUGACCGCAUGACGGAGCGAGUCAACGAGAUGGUGGUCAAGCACGAGGAGGCGCGGAGGGUGUCCACUUCGCAGUCAACUCCAAAGGCACAGUCGGCCGACGUCGAAAUGCGUGACGAAGAUGACGAAACCGACUCGGAUCUUGCCGACGACGACGAUGCGGACGAACAGAACACCAAGGCGAGCGAGAGUACCGGCAGCAUUGUGCCUCAGCCGACACCUCCUGGCGCGCCCCCGGCUACGUACUUUGUUGUCGACAGCUUCAAUAUCCAUAGACUGGUCAUUGCGGGCGUAACUUGCGCGAGCAAGUUCUUCUCAGACGUAUUUUACACCAACUCCAGAUACGCCAAGGUCGGUGGUCUUCCGUUAGCCGAACUCAACCAUCUCGAGCUUCAGUUCCUCCUAUUGAACGAUUUCCGCCUGGCGGUUCCCGUCGAAGAUCUUGAGGCGUACGCGACCAUGCUGGUCGAGUUCUACGCGCGGGAAGUGGUGGCACAGCGAUCACGCCCUGCUGCUGUCACCGGUGGUGAUUCCUAAGCAAAUUUGCAAUAUUGCAAUACUAUGAGAUUGAUACCCCAAAUUACGCUGAUUUGGGGUUAAAGUGGUCUACUAAGGCUUGCUGGUAUCUUUACUACCAUCGCAUCCUAGUAGAAUCAACUUUUAUACGUUUGGCUCGUUGGCACCUCGGAGCUUGGGAGGGAUGUUGGACAUCUACUCAUCGGACUGGGCACCAGAGGCUCGGUGCAGAUUACAAUUCUGGGGCGAACGGUGCGCACCGUUUCGUUCCAGGGCGUGUUUGGUACGUUAGCGAGCGACCAAUGGACCGAUGACGAAGGAGAAUGGAUCAGGUUUUUCCCUUGAAAUACCCGGAUAGAACGGGUCUGUAUGGAGUUUUCGUGGGCGGUAUUCUAUUGCAAGUUCUGGUGGAGCGCAUUUGAAGGCGACUUCAUACGUUGAUCUUAUUACGAGUGGUGGAAUUCGCGCGAGCUGUACAUGGGCAACCAGACAGACGAAAGACGGAAGAUGAGUUCUUUGAUGAACGGGCAGGGGUUGGACUAGGCUACACUACACGCUACGUUACGUUCUAGACUUUGCGCGGGCAUACUUGGGACAAGGCGUUUGGUGUUCCGAGACUGACAUAGAUGGCGAGCAUAAUGAAAUGUCCUGAGUACGAGAAAUUGAAUUGCAAGCUGGUCAGAUCGAAUUCUUAGAUUGAUUUGAGAUGAGCAUGUGAGAGUCGAGUCGGCCUAAAGUUGAGCAAGGAUAGGAACGGGCUGAUGCUAGAGCAGACAACUUGGAAAGGCCUAGGAUUCCUGUGUUGCUUGAAGGCUAUGCGCGACAGACGUGGGGUUAUCCAUACGGG